AUGUUUGGCAAGUGGUUCGGAAGUAAGAAUAAAGCAGCUGAUGAUGAUUUAUCACAAGUUUCAGCCAACACAAAUAAUGAUGCCUUGACUACAACGACAUCAUCCAUUAGCACCAUUCCAAAAUGUUUACACAAUUUGAAAUUGGACGAUUUUGUGGGUGUGAGAAUGUUGGGAGAAACCUAUUCUGAUAAGGCCUCUACAUUAUUACCACUCGUUUCACAACGUUUGCAAUGUCAUGUGACCUAUCCAAUUGUUCAGGUUGUUUCGACCAUGACUUUCCGUAAUCAAAAUCAAAAGUGUGUAGAGGGUGAGUUGCUAUUGCCAAUGCCAGAGGGUGCAACCUUAAUUGGUUAUGCUAUGGAAGUUGAUGGUUCUUUAAUUGAUGCUGUCCCAGUUCAAAAAGAAAAGGCAAAACAAGUUUUUGAAGAAGAAGUGAGAUCGGGAAGAAAAGUUGCCAUGGUAGAGAAGGUAGCCCAAUCCAAUUCAUUCAAAACUCGUCUCUAUCCAUUGCCAUAUAAUACUGACAAGACUGUUCAAGUUAAAUAUCAAAUGAUUUUGAACGAAACUGUACAAAAGAAUAAUAAUUCUCAAAGUGGAAAAAUUAAUGGAACUGCUUGGGUACCGCUCUCCUUUAUAGAUUUUGCUGCAUUGAGAGAUGAUACAAAGAUUGAAUUUACUCUCAAUCAAACUUCAUUGCAAGGGUUUGAAACUCAAGUUCUCAUGAGUGUUGCUGGAGGUUCCUCUGGUGUGGAAGAUCAAUUAUUAUGGACAAGCAAGAAUGCUAGUGCAAGAACUGGUUAUUUUGAACUCAAAAAGUCAGAUCUCAAAGAUUCCAUGACAGGUUUCAAAUUGCAAGUCACAAAGCAAUCCGAAGAUGUUAGAGAUAUGUUGCUUGCUUCUGAGAAUGGUUACUUUAUGGCAUCUAUUCCUGUUCCUCAACUAAGUGAUGAAUUGAGAAAUAAGAGCCGUAUUGGAAACAAGGUUCAAAUUAUUUGGGAUUGUUCAAAUAGUUCAAAGAAUAGUCAUGAAAAGAACCUUAAGAACUUAAAGUUCAUCUUGGAAGGAAUUGCACCAUCUUCUAUCUAUUUCACCUCAUUCAGCUCCGAUAUCAUUGAAUCAACUGAAUUUAAAUCAGUAUCUGAUGCUUUGAAGCACGUGGGUGGAGUGUUUUACGAUGGUGGUUCAAAUAUGCUCCUCCUUGAUAAGGGUGUUAUCAACAAAUCAGCUGAUUAUUGUAUUGCAUUCACUGAUGGUGUUCAUACCUUUGGUUUUGAAAUUAGUCCAUUGGCUAACUUUGAAAAACCAAUUUACUUUAUCACCUCUGGCUCGGUUAUCAAUUCACAUUUAUUGAAGCACAUUGCAACAAAGAGUGGUGGUGUCUAUCUCAAUGCAAAUGAACUCUCUGAAACCGAACUAUUGAAGGCUAUUGGCAAACCUGUUCUUUCUUUUGCAGUUGCUGAUUUUGAAGAUUCUGAUAUGGAGGAGGUUUAUCCAAACGAACCAGUUAGUCUUACUGAAGGAGGUGUGUUCAAAUUAUUUGGUAAAUUCAAGAAUAGUGGAAAGGAGAGUGUUAAAGUUGCUGUUUCAUUUAGAUAUGGAUCUUCCGUAUACCAUGUUCAAGAAUUGGACUUACCGGUCAACUUGGAACAAUGCGAAGCUGCUAUUUUACCAUUAUUGUGGGCUCAACAAAAGAUUGAUUCACUCUCCACAUUCCCUCACUUAUUCAAAGAUGAAAUUAGUAGACUUGGACAAGAAUUCAGAAUUGUAACAGAUGAUACUACACUUUUAGUAUUGGAAACUUUGGAUCAAUACUUGAAGCACAAUAUUACUCCACCAGCUUCCCUUUCCAAUGUAUUCAAACAAUAUACUGAAACAAAGAAGAAUGAGCAAGAAAGUGAAGAACGAAGAGAAAAGGAAAAGAUUGAAAGAAUUGUCACUAUGUGGCAAGAAAGAGUAAAUUGGCAUAACCGUGAUUUCCAAUCUGUGACAAAAGAUCAGAAAAUUUAUCAUGAUGCUUCAGGCGACAACGAUGAUGAAGAAGAGUGUGAAUGUGAUGACUUUGAUGGUGGGGUACCAGAAAUGGAAUGUUGCCCUAGUGAAACCCUUUGUUGCCAAUCAGCAGUACAAGAGGAUUGUUUAAUGUUGGACAGAGAAGAAUGCAAAGAGAAGUGUUCUGAAGAAAGGGAGGAGAAAUCAGACAAGAAACCUAAAAAGAAAAAAAAGGAAGGUUCCUCCAAGCAAUCAAAAGGAGUUUCUGGAUCCAUCAAUAUUAAGCCUUGGAGUCCAGAUGCCUCAUACUGCAAAGCCAUCUCAACAGCCAGUGAUCCUUACAAGGAAUAUUUGAAACAAAGAGAAAGCUAUACUGACUCACCUGCCUUCUACCUUGAUGUUGCUGACUAUUUCCUUUCAAGCUUGAAAAAUUCACAACUUGGUGUCAGAGUUUUAUCCAACAUUGCAGAAUUAGAAUUGGAAAAUAUUCAAUUGUACCGUAUUGUUGGAUAUCGUUUAGAUCAAGCUGAUGCUCUUGAAUUAGCUGAAUGGGUGUUUGAGAGGGUAAAAUCACUUGCUCCUUACGAACCUCAAUCUUACAGAGAUUUGGCUCUUGUUAAGGAAAGACUUGGAAAAUAUGAAGAAGCCAUGCACUUAUUCAAUAAGGUUAUUACAGGAAAGUGGGAUAUGCGUUUUGAUGAAAUUGAAAUGACUGUUGCUACUGAGAUGAACCAUCUCUUAAUCAACGAUCCAAACCUUCCAAUUAUUGACAAACGUUUCAUUCAUAACUUUGAAUUGGAUAUUCGUAUUUCAAUGGCAUGGGAUGUCAAUGACACUGAUUUGGAUUUACACGUUCAAGAACCAGCUGAUAAAGGUGGUGAACAUGCCUAUUUCGGACACAAUAGAACAAAAAUUGGAGGUUAUGUGAGUAGAGAUUUCAGACAAGGAUACGGACCUGAAGAAUACAUGAUUAAGAAAGCUCCAAAAGGUCAAUAUAGAGCUACCACCAACUAUUACAGUAGUCAUACACAGACACUAACCGGAGGCACAACAGUUUUAUGCACCUUUUUCACUAACUACAUGAGACCAAAUGAACAAAGACAAAUGUCAACCAUUAGAUUAGCCACCCACAGAUCCGAUGUAGUUGUUUGUGAUAUUCAAAUUGAUUAA